AAUGCAAUGGUGGAAAAAGUUUUUUGAAAUAAUUUCGUAGAUAAAUCCAGUCAAAACAUUAUGAAUACAAAGGGUUAACUAAUUUGAACACUUCCAGUCGACUAUUUUAUACUUGUUUGGUUGAUGUCAUGAUACCCAUGGAUGAUACAUGAGCGUAAACUCAGUAAUUCAGAGAAGUUAAAGAAUGACGGUGCAGCCAGGUCCAGCGCUUCCAAUGACGCGCAAUAUGCCAUUUGUCAGCAAUAGCAUGCCAUCAAGAUUGCCCAGGUCGUGCACACCAAAAAAUAUGACAGGCAUAUAUUUAGGAUCAGAAGAAACUGGUUCCAGAAAAAGUAGUCAGUACAAGAUACCUCCCUUGGCCCGAGGGAGGGGUGUUCCCAUGAGAGCUAGGACACCUACAGAGGAGAGAAGAUAUAAAAUGGUGGAGCAGCUGCGUGUGAAAGAAGAAAAACGAGGAUUCAAAGGAGCGGCCAUGAAGAAUAAGAAGACAGAUAAACCAGGUUUAAAGAGCACCUCUCCUACUCACUUUACUCAGGAAGAUGAAGAUGUUCUCAACUUAGUCAGAAAAACUCCACGGCAUUUCACAACAUCAACAAACGAUGGAAUCAGUCACCUUGAGUACUUAAAUGCCAACAACACUGACCAAUCAAUGACCAGUUAUAAGAGUGAAACCAAGGCAACCCCUUUGUCUGAUACAAUCGCUGGUGAGGUUCAAAGAGUCUCGACAGGAAGAAAUGAAGUUACCGGACUUGAGGAGUGUUAUAAGAAAGUGUGCCAUGGCAACAUUGAAGCACUUCAUAGUUUACUACCACAAAGAAAAUAUUACGAAAUGAGUAAAAACCGAGCUCAAAAUUACACUGGAUUCUCAGUUAAGAGUUAUCGCAAUCCACACCAAGCUGAGAUUAUGGCAUCAUUUCCAGAUGAUGUUCGUCCAAAAACAACUGCUGUCGGGAGAAGACCCCACGUGCCAAAUUCCUACUUUUUUAAGACGUACAAUCCCCCUCAGACAGCUCAUUCUUACCCCACUAGUUGCCCUAGCCAGGUUGGCCGUCCUAGGAAAGAACCAUUUGAAUCUGCUUACACGACAACACGUCUGAUCUCCCCUCACCAUAGCAACAAACUAUUCCCGCCAAGAGACAGGACGCCACCUACCAGUGAAGACUUGCUGAAGGAGUCUGCUACACCAGCCCCAACACCUCGAGCUACAGGAGACCAAGCCAAUAGGAAUAAUAAUGCUAUAAGUCCAAAUGCUGAAUUACGACAUGUGACUUCACCCAUUUUAAUCGACCAAUCAGAGAACAGCGAUCCAGAUCAAGAUCCUGACAGACAGAAUUUAGAUUUUUUAGUCGACAAUAUGAGUGAUAAAUCGUCAGCCAAUCAUAGCAAAAAAGAUUCAAACUUACUCAAUGAUCCCAAAGUGCUAACGGAGAAAACAAACAGACUAGAAAAUAUGGAGAGUACUAAAAAUGAGCGAAAUAAUAACGCAGGAAAGAAAGGGACAUUAUUUAGGAAAGACAGCACACCCGUAAUUGGUCUUGAAAAUGAAAGUGGAGAAAAAGAUGUUGUUGAAAUUGAUGAAACAGAUGAAGUGAUCGCAAAUGAUGGAGAGCCAUCUGCUGAUACAUUUAGGAGAAAAUCCAUCACUGAGAGAUUAAUGUCUGCCAAAGAAUCCGAGUUUGUUGUCAGUUCUGUCAUGGCUGAGGCAGAGACUCGUAAACAUGAGCUAGCUGAACUGAUUGAAGAGCAUCACCAACUUGUCAGUGAAGUCCGCAAACUCAGCCUUACUCCCACACAGGAAGAUAAUGAAGCACAAGAAAAUGGCGAAAUUGAUGACACAAUUCCUGUUUUCUCAUCUUGA